AAUAUAAAAAGUUUACAGGAUAUUGCCAAGAUCUUCAGUGAAAAUCAAGUGAAGAAUGUAGUUGUUGUGGCUGGAGCUGGUAUUAGUACACCAAGUGGAAUACCAGACUUUAGGACACCAGGAACUGGUUUAUAUGACAAUUUACAGCAGUACCAGAUUCCAUAUCCUGAGGCUAUAUUUGAUAUAGAUUACUUCCACAGAAACCCUAAACCUUUCUUCACCUUGGCCAAAGAACUGUUCCCAAGUUUAGGCAACUAUAGACCCAAUUAUAUCCACUAUUUUGUGAGAAUUUUACAUGAAAAAGGAAUGCUACUGAGAAUGUAUACACAAAAUAUUGAUGGUUUAGAGAGAUUAGCUGGAAUUCCACCCUCAAAAUUAGUUGAAGCACAUGGAACGUUUGCUACAGCAACAUGUAUACUCUGUGGUCAUAAAUGUGAUGGAGAUGACAUCAAGGAUAGAAUAUUAGAUGAUAAAUUGCCUAAAUGUAAAAAAACCUCUUGCCCUGGAAUGGUCAAACCUGAUAUAGUAUUUUUUGGUGAAGAUUUACCGAGAAAAUUUUAUUAUCAUCUUAAAGAUAUGUUACAAGCUGAUAUCAUUUUAAUUAUGGGAACAUCAUUAGAGGUUCAACCAUUUGCUGGUAUUAUAGAUUCUGUAAGAUGGCAGGUCCCUAGAAUAUUAUUUAACAGAGAUAUAGUAGGACCAUUUCGUCAUCAACGUAGAAGUAAAGAUGUUGUAGCAGAAGGAGAUAUUUUAGAAACUAUGCAGAAAUUUGUAGAUAUGAUUGGUUGGAAAGAGGAAAUAAAAGAAUUAAUAGUCAAAUCUGAA